AAUGAGGGAUUUCUCUGCCUCCUCAUCUGUAUUUAAACAAAACAAAAAGUUCGAGAUGAGAAAUGGACUCGGUGCUGACACGCUACCUUGCAACAGAAAGUUAUUUCUACGCGAACAGAACGUGCUGUGAUAUAGUAAAGACAACACACACACGCACGUACACAGAGGACGUUCGGUAAGCUUCUGUCUGAAGACCGUGAUUCUCCUUCGGGAGCCAGAAGAAUCUGCCAUGAAAUGAUUCCUGGAAAUCCCUGGAUCCCAACUCGAUCCAAGCGACCGAUUCUAAAACUAUGCGUCCCUCUCGUGGGUACUUUGGUCAUUCAUAAUCAUGAAUUCAUACAGCUACGAUAUUGUGAAAUUUUGUCAAAUGACAUUGAGUCAUGUUAAUAACGACCUUGGCUACGGGUUUGGCGAUGUUGCCCGUAGAUGUAUUCUUUAUAAAUUGGCUUUGUUCCUCGGAACAUUGUUUACCCUUGGACAUGUUGGAAAAAGGAUUUGGAUGCUAUGGAAGGAGAGAGCUGAACCCACAGUUCACCUGGGGGGCGGCUGUGACAACCCUAUAACGGCUCUGAAGGAGGACGACAGAUGCAUGAACGGAGUGGCGGGAUUUAAGGACGUUUUCGAUCAGAAGGUCCAGAGGUACGACGAAGAAAUCCACAGACUGAAAAGUGAAAACUGUCGGUUUCGAACUCUGUUGAAGGAGAAGGAAGACCUCUACGACCAAAUAAUUGAAAAUUUCGACAACGUGAACCAUCGUACCAUUGCUAAUUACCAGGAGCUCAGAGCGGAAAAGGACUUACAAAUUCGAGAUCUAACGGAGGAGCUGCAAAGGCUUCAGUGCGAUAAUGAAGACAAGGACAUACUAAUUGAAAGUCUUAACGCGGAAAUCUCUCAACAAGAGAGAGAAGACGGAUUAAUAAAGGACCUAGAAGGAGAAAAUAUGGAAAUGAAGACUCAAAUUGACCAACUUAGAAUAGAAAAAGUAGAGUCUGGAAAGAUAAUUAACGGUUUGAACAUGGAAAUCCAGACUUUGCUUAAGGAAAACGAAAAACUGGAAGGUCAGGCAGAUGACUUGAAAGAAAAGCUGGCUAAUUGUGAAACUUUGAAUUAUGAAAAGGACUUGCUGUGUGAUGAACUAAGAAGCGAAAAAUUGGAACAAGAACAUAUAAUUAGCAGUCUUAAGAGGCAGGUCCAGAAAUGUGAAGAAGAAAAGGAAAAGAUGAAAAACGAAAUGGAAGAUAAGCUGGCUAAUAGUGAAGCUUUGAAUAAUGAAAAGGACUUGCUAAUUGGUGAAUUUAUUGAGGAAAAAUUGGAACAAGAACAUAUAAUUAGCAGUCUUGAGGGUCAGGUCCAGAACUGCGAAGAAGAAAAAGAAAAGAUGAAAAACGAAAUAGAAGAGAACAGGGCUAAUUUUGAAGCUGACAAUUAUGAAAAAGACCAAAUGAUUAAUAAGCUCAGGAUAGAAAACCUGGAACAAGAAAUUAAGAUUGACCAUUUGAAGAGGACGGUCCAGAAUUAUGAAGAACAAAAUGAAAAAUUGAAAAGGGAAAUGGAAGACAUGAUGGCUGAUUUUGAAGAUUUGGACCUUAUGAUUGAUGUACUAAGAAACGAAAAAUUGGAACAAGAAAAUACAUUUUGGAGUCUUAUGAGGCAGGUCCAGAACUGCGAAGAAGAAAUGAAAAGAUGA